AUGACAGCUUUCUUACAACCAACAAUUGGAUUUGCCCUCCUCCUUGCGGCAUUUCAGGUUCAUGCCUGGGAAUAUGGAGUUCCUUACUAUCCGGCACCGCACUAUUUCGAUCAACAGCAGCCCUAUGAUUACCCCUGCCCACCAUCGGGUCCUGAGAGUCUAGUUUGUGCCAGUGCCCCCGGUGCCCAGCCAUCUACCUUUCCGAGUCCCUGCGAAGUUCAACGUUUCCGAGCCCUAACUGGUAUCAACUGGGUCAUUAUCCAUGAGAACAGAUGCGAGACCUUGGAGGUCUGUCCGGAUAACUGUCAGGAUCAGUAUAGUCCGGUGUGCGGAAGGUACAAGGAUACGAGGCGAAACUAUAGGAGCGAAUGUGAACUGCAGCUGGUCAAGUGCCGGACAGGGCAUCCUUGGCGAAAACAUCAUGAUGGCCCCUGUGAGAGCCGCUACCCAGUCGGCCAGUCACCUCGCGUUCAAAAUUACAAUCCCUAUGCCAUCAAUCCCUAUCAGCCGAACUAUGGAUCCUCUGGAUCCCAAGGACCUUAUGGAUCUCAAGGACCUUAUGGAUCUCAGGGAGCUUAUGGCGCUCCAGGACCCUAUGGACCAUACAAUCCCUAUGGACCGCAAUCUCAGCCUCAGGGUUAUGCACAAAGCUCGUUUGUCUCCCCAAAACCCGCAUAUGAGGCGCCUGUUUAUCAUCCUUAUGAGAUAACCUGGGAGAACCUGCCCACCGAGGCUGAGUACGCCGUUACCCCCAAAGCUUAUUCGAAUCCCACAUACGAAACCACAACAACGGCUGCUUCUACAUCGACUUCGACAUCCACUUCCACUUCUACUUCCACAUCCACUUCUACUUCUACUUCCACAUCCACUUCCACUUCUACUUCUACAACUACUACACCAAAAACUACAACCACACCUCUACCAGAGAGUGACGACACCACGCCAAGUGUGCCUCAGAAUCCCAGACAGAAUAUCAAAGUGAAUGCAGUAGUCGAGGAACCAGCAAAUAAAACCACUGAACAGCCAUCUACGACACCUUCUCCGACUGAAGGCCCAACUACAGAGGAGACGACUGAAAAAUCCACUGAGCCCAGUGUCACUACUCCGCCCUUAAAGAAAUACAUUACGACUGCCUCGCCACAGCAUGCAACAACGACUCCUAGACCGUCAGGACCUUCUCUAUCGAUAAAUGCCGUUCAAGAAUCUACCCAGAAACCUGAAGAGACGAAACCCAAGUCGACCCAUCCAUCGUAUCCAACCUAUCCGUCUUACAAGUCAUCUCCAGUCUACAGCUCUACUGAAGCUCCUAAAGAUACCACUCCGGUAUCUGUGGACAAGGUCAUCAAAGUCAAUGCUGUCCAAGAAAGUACAAAGAAACCUGAAGAGACUACCGAGGCGGAAACUAGCUCUGAAUCUACUUCCACGAAAGCUACACCAACUUACCCAUCAUAUCCAACGUAUCCAUCUUCAAAAGUAUACAAAACUUAUCCACUAUAUGACUCCACUGAAACUCCUGAGGUUGAGGAAACUACUCCGGUGAUUUUAGACAAGGUUAUCAAAGUAAAUGCAGUUGCAGAAAGCACUGAAAAGGAAGAGGAAGAGACUACUGAGGUGGAUUCCACUACCAAAGCGGCACCUACUUACCCAUCAUAUCCCACGUAUCCAUCCUCCAGUGUCUACAAAAAGUAUUCAGUCUAUGGCUCUACUGAAGCUCCUAAAGAAGAGGAAUCGACUCCGGUUUCGCUGGAAAAGGUCAUCAAAGUAAACGCCGUCGCAGAAAGUACUGAAAAGAGCGAUGACACAACUCAGCCGGAGAGUAGUUCGGAAUCUACUUCUACGAAGGCGUCACCUACUUACCCAUCAUAUCCCACGUAUCCAUCCUCCAGUGUCUACAAAAAGUAUCCAGUCUAUGGCUCUACAGAAGCUCCUAAAGAAGAGGGAUCGACAACGGUUUCUCUGGACAAGGUCAUCAAAGUAAACGCCGUCCAAGAAAGUACUGAAGAGAACGAAGAAAACACAACUCAGCCGGAGACUAGCUCCGAAUCGAGCUCUACAAAAGCAUCGCCUACUUACCCGUCAUAUCCGACAUAUCCAACCGCGGGUAUCUACCCAAGUUAUCCAGUCUAUGGCUCUACUGAAGGUCCCAAAGAUGAGAAUUCGACUCCAGUAUCUCUAGAAAGAGUAAUUAAAGUAAAUGCAGCGGAGACUACUGAGGCAGAGACUACUGAGGCGGAGACCACCUCUGAAGCUAGCACUACUAAAGCCCCACCAACUUACCCAUCAUAUCCCACUUAUCCCUCUUCAGAAGUCUAUAACACCUAUCCCGUUUAUAGUUCCACUGAGACUUCAGAUGACGAUGAUACAGAAGACGAGGAGUCCACUAAAGAAUCUUUGGAUAGAGCUAUUAAGAUAAACGCAGUCUCUGAUCCCAUAACCGCAACGUCUCCAACACCCAGUCAGAUCACCACUGCUCCUUCGGUGACCACCACUGAAGUGGGAGAAGAUAGUGCAUCCAAUAGCACGACGACUGAAUCGGAGAGAGAGAUUCCAGAGAUUGUGAGGACAGAAAGUAAGAAUGGAACGCAGGUGAAUUUGGAGGUGACCUGCAAACGAGAAUCAAAGAAACUUAAAUUGGAUACGACAAGCAACGACAACAGGAGUAACAUAUAUUUCAUAUUUUUGGGUUGUUAAACAAAUUGAAUACUUCAUUAGUUACCAGAUAAUUGUUCUUAAAAGUUGAAAAUUUCAAAUGUUAAGUUUAAAAAAUAACACGUAAAUUGUUGAGUUUAAAA